AUGAACAAUGUAUUAUAUGGCGAUAAAUUGAAUUUUAAAUUGAUGUAAAACUUAAAACAUUAAGUAAUUUCAAGACACAUCUCAUAGACCGGAGUAACAUUUAAAAGUAAGUUAUAGCGGGUAAAUAAUGGGCUCUGUCUUGAAACCUGGCUCUCUUAAAUAUCUUAUCUAGAUAGACAAAAUGGGCUAGAAUAUCUGA